CGGACAGGAGCCUUCUAACGUGAUGACGUGCUCCCUGCUGUCACGUCACAGCACGUAUGACCGAGGACUGCUCGGGCCCAGUCCUCCAGUCUUCCAGUCCUCCAGACCUGGCUGCUGCUAACCUGACAGUCUGGACCAAAUGUUCUGCACCCCUUCGUGUUUUUGGGGAGUUUCGAUCACUGAAGGCGGAAUUGACCUACUUCCGCUUCCCCUCUGAAGGCGGGGUGUGAUCCUGGACCCUCUCCACCCCUGUGCCCCUCCUCUGUUGUUGUUGUUUGUACUAACAGGGGCUCACGGUGGAUCCAGGUACCGUCCUCUGAACCUGAGCCGACGGUCGGCCCGCCGCGCGUAUGCAGCAGAAUGGAUCGAGCGGGUCCAGCGGGUCUACCGGUUCUGACGGCUGCAGCAGGGACCGGCAGACCCUGUCCUUCAGCGGGUCCACCGGUUCAGAGGGCUGCAGCAGGGACCGGCAGACCCUGUCCUUCAGCCCAUUGCCCGCCGCCACGACCCGGGUGAGGAGGUUCAUCCAGGAGAGGAGGACUCUGCCCCUACCUAGAGUGAUGGUGGUCUUCUCCGGGGACUCCGACAAACCGGGCGAUGCCAUGUCCAGUUCGGACUCUGCGGAGGACGAGUACAGAAAGCCGGCCUCCCCAGCCCAGAACUUUACCCUGAGCCCCCCGAUCCGGUCCUCUCUGAACGCCCAAGACCAGGAGUUUCCAGAGGUCAUCUCUCUGAACGUCGGGGGCACAUACUUCACCACUCGCCUGUCCACACUGCGGCGGUUCGAGGACACCAUGUUGGCAGCCAUGUUCAGCGGGCGCCAUUACAUCCCACGAGACGCUGACGGACGCUACUUCAUCGAUCGGGACGGUUCUUAUUUUGGGGACAUCCUGAACUUCCUCCGUGAAGGCGAGCUUCCUCACAGGGACCGAGUGCGUGCAGUGCACAGGGAGGCUCAGUAUUACUCCAUCGGCCCGCUGCUGGACAGCCUGGAGGACAUUCAGCCACUCACAGGGGAGAAAGUCCGGCAAGCUUUCCUCGAUCUGCUGCCCUACUACAGAGAGAAUCUGGAGCGGAUUAUGGAGAUUGCCAAGCUGAGGGCGAUGCAGAAAAAGGCCCGCUUCGCCAAGUUGAAGAUCUGCGUCUACAAGGAGGAGAUGCCGAUAACGCCAUAUGAGCGUCCUCUCUUUAACUCUUUGCGCUUUGAACGCUCCGACAGUGAGGCCAAACUCUUCGAGCAUCACUGCGAGGUGGACGUUUCUUUCGGACCUUGGGAGGCAGUGGCGGACGUUUAUGACCUGCUGCACUGCAUCGUCAGUGACCUGGCGGAGCGUGGCAUCACAGCAGAGCAGCAGUGUAUUGGUGUCUGUGACAAACACCUGAUCAACCAUUACUACUGUAAGAGGCCUAUCUAUGAGUUCAAGAUCACGUGGUGGUGAACUGGAGGGUCACGUCUGAUUGGACCAAAAAGAAAGAGGGCGGUGAUCCAUUUUUACUAAAACGUGACCGAUAUUGGUUUUUGUAUUCAGGUUGCUGAGAUUUUAUAUUGAUAUGCCCUUUACAUUAUACCCUGAAGUAUCCUUGUUUUUUUAAUUUAUUUAUUUUUCUUGUCAAAUUGAAAAACAGGAAAAAAAAAAUGAAGAUCAACACUUUGAAUCCAGGUCACAGAAAAACACUGAGAUCCUGUUUGCUGACCUCCACUGGUGCAUGUAAUGUUACAUACAGGCCUAAGAGGUCCAGCCAGGAGGAGAGACAUGCCGCUGUGUAGCGAGCAGGAUGUUUCUAUUUAGAGCUCCAUAAAUAAGUUUACAGAUCUACCAUGUAGGACACAUUUAGGGCUCAUUACAGCCACUUUUACCAGUUCAGAGGCUGAAACUUUCCUCUCUCCUUGUAUCUUUUACAAUGUUUUGAGACUCAGUACUGCUCUGGUUUUAACAUCGCUCAUAGCCCACAAACAAUCACUGUAGUUACCUGCUACACUAAGAAAACUGAAGUAUCUUUAUCUUUUAGAAACACGACAAACAUGACUGAAGCACACUGCUGAAGAACGCCCACAGGUCUGACCCAUAGACUGUAUAUACAAUGGAUGUCAUCUCGCUCGGCUUGAAUUGAGGCCGCCACAAAAACUGCUCCCCCUAGUGGCUGGCUGCAGUAUAGGUCAAAAACGCUGUCACCCCCGUUCUUUUGAAUGGUGCUGCAGUCUUUAUGACAGCUGCCAUAAAGGGAAACUCUGUAGGACCUCGGGACAGUACGCUGUAGGACGGAGCUUGUUACCGUGGAAACACACAAAUUCCCUACUGCGCUGACUCUGGCUGCAGAAAAUGUACAAGAUGGCAGCGUUCUGGAACGGGAUAUUAUGGCUUCAAAACUGUUCAAGGGAAAAGGUGGAGCGAUGCUGUCCAUUAUAUAUACAGUCUAUGGUCUGACCACAGAGACUGGCUUCAGUCAUAAUCAGGUUAUCUGCACAGGCUUCUUGAAGUUGGAUUUUGUGAUGUUAGCCAAACAGCAGCCACUGCAGGCAGAAACAACUUAAAAAGGAUGAAUGCUAAACAACGAUGUAGCUUAAAGGAAGCAGAGAUCUGUCAUUAACUUACUGUUACACUACAACUGCAGCCGGUUUGGUCAUGUUGUGUCUUUGUGCUUUUGAUAAUCUUUGUUUUUAUUGUUAGCCACUCAUGAUCUGAUUACCCAGGAUGCAUUUCAGACCAGCAAAAACAGAGUCCAAGGACUGUCUGUUGAACCAGACCAUGUAUGCUGACCGUACCAAAUCUUACGUUUAGCUUCAGCAUUCAACUUCCCGUGUUCGAGGAAAGAAGCGUCUCCUCUUCUGAAGGUUAGAGUUAUGUAACAUGGGCAUGCUAAUGCCUCGACCCAAAGUGUCUUUCUUUGUGUCUUUAAAUCUAUUUUUCUAUCUGAACUUUCAGAGUGUAGCUACAGUGACUGUUUUGGACUGUGAGUGAACCUGAACCUGCAGCGGUACUGGGGCUGAAAAUAGAGAUGAUGGAAGUUCAGUCGAUGAAGAGAGAGACAGUGUUAGAUUUCAGAUCUGAAGGUGCAGAACGUCUGAGAUGAUGGCUUCAUUUCCCAUAUAAGCUUUUAAAUAUCUUACUACUUCUGUUGUUAUUAAUAUAUUAACUUUUCACAGCUUAUGUAUCAGUCAGGCUUUCCCCAAACGUGACGAGUUCAUGACAGCUCUGCUGGUUUUUAGAGUUCCAUGUUCAGAGACACGACCCUGUAGUUCAUGUUCAUAAUGUCAGUACGUUCAUGGGAGUGAAAUGUGUAUUUUUAGGACUAAGUUUUGUUUCAGGGUGCAGAGUUACUGUGAGCCUGUUCCUUUUGGAUACACAGAGUAUAUUUUAAUUAUGCAACCUCUCGAGGAGUGUUUUUAAAGGCGUGAGAAGGUCUGGUGGUAAAAGGGAAGUUCAGUUAAUGUCACUGCUGCAGGGUUUGAAGGUAGCUGAAGUUUUUGAACUCUUAUGCAUAUUUGCAGAUGUUGUAACAGAUGAAAUCUAGUUGUUUACACACUCAUCCUUUGUUUGCAGUCGUGAUUAGUAAUCGUAUAACAUUUAUUGAAUUCACUUUCACAGAGAGAGUCUGAAGUUGAAUCAAACGACUUCAAACCCUUCUGAGUUAAUGCCAACCUCCAUUCCACGUUGAAUGAAGUUCACUGAAGCUGUGAUAACGAGUGUCAAAGCUACGUUCAAUGUUUUGUCCUACUGUACUUGAUAAUGACGUCUGAGCACCUUGUGAUUGUAAUCAAUAUAUAUAUUUAUAUUUUGUUGUACCUCAAGUGAAAGUUGAAGAUUUUAAACUCCAUCGAUCUGUUUCACAGCGCUGGAUUCUUUUUUGAAUCUUUCCUGAGAAAGACAACAUGCUUACUUUGUUGGUUCUAUUUUCACAGAUUUGCAGCAGAGUUGAAACAUUGAUCUUUCUGAGCACUACUUUAAUCUUUAUUUACAUUAAUGUAUGCAAUGUUUUUUUUAUUGUUAUUUAUACGUUUGUUUCCGAGCUUCUAGGAAGCUUUAGAUCUGUGUUUAGUUUCAGUUUGUUCAUAGAGAAAAUGAAAUGUGUCAUUUCUAUUAUUUAUGGUCAGAUUAAAAUAAUUGUUUAAAGCUUUC